CAAAUUACCAAUGGAAUGAAGUUUGGACUCUUACUUCUAGAGCCUCAGUAGUUUUACCAGCUAGGACAAGUGAAUCUGAAGAAAUUCUUCUCUAGGCUUGCAUUAUGGAAAAUAGCUCUCAAUCCAGCAGUCAGCAGGCUCUAUGGAAAGAUGUGGAGGUGGGGAAAGAGAAGACCAUGUACCGGAGCUACCAGCGAGGAGCCCUGAUUCUGGGGCUGGUUUUCCUGGUGUUGACCCUGGGCAUCUUCAGCCUUAGACACCUCUGGAGCCCAAGUCUGGGGAGGGUGUACAACCAACAUUAUCAGGCCGUGCUGGAUGGCAUGGAAACAGACAGCAUCAUGGAGAUUGACCCCACCCACCGCAUUGAGAUCUUCAGGAUGGGCAACGGUAGCAAUGAGGUCCUCGAGGUCCACGACUUCAAACAUGGAAUCACAGGUAUCCGGUUCGCCAAACAUCAGAGGUGUUACAUCAAGACCCAGACCAGGGAGCUUCCCAAAGUGACAGAGAUGGCGACCUUGAACACAGAGAUACCGGUGGGCAACAUGGAGGGCAUAGACAUGCAGGUAGUGGGGGACUCCCAGGUGUGGGUGCCUGCUGAAGAGCCCAUCGCUAACCCAGCUUUCCUCUUCAACUCCAAGAUCUGGGAGAUAUGCCAGGAGCUACCCAUCUACUGGAUCCAUCCCUCCCCCAUGACAGAUGCUGAGUUCCACGAGGUGGAGGAUGAUGAGGACAUUCCUGAUGCUGAGGUCGGAGGUCACCGCGUCGCCCGUGACAUCCUGGACCAGGUUCCUGUCAAUGACUAUAGAGACAUUGGAGUUGAGCUGGAUAACCGUCUAGAUGACCGUGGCUACUGCUGCCAGCACUGUCGUCGUGGUUACCGCUAUUGCCAGCGCUACUAUGAGCCACUGGGGGGUUUUAACCCCUACCCGUACUACUACCAAGGAGGACGUGUCAUCUGUCAGAUCAUUAUGCCCUGCAACUGGUGGAUCGCCCGUAUGCUCGGGAGAAUAUGAUUGGAUGGUCAAACUGGAUUCACUAUGUUUCAGCUCACAUGAUAGGUGCAUUCAUGUUAGGCUGGAUUUACACCACACGAGGCGUAGCGUCCCAGCAACCACUUUGUGACUUCACCAUGUACAACACAGACUUUGGUGCUUGCCAGAAUUUGUAAUAAACGAAUGCAACCCUUGCUACUCCCCAAUCGCUAUUCCAAAGCCUUUGUGAUAGCAAAACAUUUAUAGUACACAAUUGUAAUCCAUCCUGUCUCAAAAAUAAGCAAAUUGACUGGCAGUCUUGCCUUCGGUCUAAAUUGAGUUUUGGGAGCGUCUGGGCGAUAUCUCUAAGAUCUCCCGAGCUGUUACAUUGUGAAUGUUUACCUAGCCAUCAAAUUCUGGUUGUGUGGCCUUGUUGUGUCUGUGCACUGAAGUGCAAUUUUGCUUUCAACAUGUUUUCAAUCAAAGUGCUACGUUUGGCUGUUUCUCUCAUUGCUGCAUUUCUUUCUCAUUUAAUUUUCCUCUAUAUGUUUAUUAUAGGUGGCAUGUAACCGACAUUCUCUUGCUUGUGGAGCAGACCUGGGUUUAAAUAGUAUUCGAUUUUUAUCAAAUACUUUGAGCGCUUGAUUGAGCCUUCCUCGAGUGACAAAUAGGGAAUGGUUUGCACUUUUUGGACUAUCCCAGUGGUGCGCACUAUAAUCUCAGUCAAACUCAGCUUAAGUAUUUAACAAAAAAUUAUAUUUUAACCCAGGUCUGCUUUGAAAUAUGAUAACCAAUAAUGUAUAUAGAACUGUAGCCUGCUCACUCUGUCAACCCUUUCUAGACUUUAUCGGUUGAACAAAAAUAACAUAAGUCCUUUUUUUGUGAAUUAUGUAUUUUGACUAUUGUUACCACAGUUAGCAUGUUACCUUGAAAUAGUGUUUUUACUAUCAGAAUGAGUCUACUAAUUAUAAUAAAGCAAUAGCUAUAUACAUGUA